CGGGAAGCCCCGCCUCUCCCCCCUCCCCGCCGCGUCCCGCGCUUCUCCGGGUGCCGCAGUGGGGGGGCUCCGAGGAGUCCUCCUUCCCGCUUGUUGUGUCGCGCGGGCCGAGAGGGGAGGGAGGAGGAGAAGAUGUUCGAGAGCCUGCGCGAGCGGCUGCUGAGCGUCCAGCAGGAUUUGACCUCCGGGCUGAAGACCUUGAGUGACAAAUCAAGAGAGGCUAAAAUAAGCAAGCAGAGGACUAUACAGUGUUCACCAGAGUUUUCUGCUGGAUUACUCUUAUUGAGCAAAUAUGAAGAUACUUGGGCAACUCUUCACAGAGGAGCAAAAGAAUGUGCAAAAGCUGGAGAGCUGGUGGAUAGUGAAGUUGUGAUGCUUUCUGCUCACUGGGAGAAGAAGAGAAGCAGUCUCCUAGACCUUCAGGAACAGCUUCAGCAAAUUCCAGGUUUUUUAGCAGAUUUGGAAUCUACAACCACUAGCUUGAUCCAACUGGAAGCAAAUUUUAAGGAAAUGGAAAAUCAUUUACUUUAUCUUGAAGACCUCUGUGGACAGUGUGAAUUGGAAAGAUACAAGCAUAUGCAAGUACUACAGCUUGAAAAUUACAAAAAGACUAAACGGAAAGAACUUGAGAUCUUCAAAGCUGAGCUUGAUGCAGAGCAUGCACAGAAGGUGUUGGCUAUGGAGCAUACCCAGCAAAUGAAGCUAAAGGAGCGGCAAAAGUUCUUUGAAGAAGCUUUUCAGCAGGACAUGGAACAGUAUCUCUCCACAGGCUAUCUGCAAAUAACUGAAAGACGAGAGCCGAUUGGAAGCAUGUCUUCUAUGGAAGUAAACGUGGACAUGUUGGAACAAAUGGACCUUGUGGAUAUGUCUGACCAAGAAGCCUUAGAUGUCUUCCUUAAUUCAGGAGGAGAGGACAGUACUGUGUCAUCUCCUAUGAUAGGAUCAGACAACAGUACUAGUAAAAAUGAAAUCAGUCUUCAAGUUCCCACGCAGUCAGCGUUGAGAGAGUUGUCCUUCUCAACUUCAGCCUGGACUGAUUCUGCCAGCCAAGAUGCCAGUGAAGGAGAAUCGCCUGUGAUCCAGUCCGAUGAGGAAGAUGUGCAAGUAGACACUGCCCUUGUUGCUGUAAAUACUGAAAUGAAAGGCCCUUCUGAUGUUAGUGAUGAGAGUGAUUCGCAAACAAAUUGAGUUAUCAUGGUGCUCUAAAGGAAUUAGGACCCUGGAAUGAAUGAGUGAGUAAAGAAGUAUUUUGAGCUUGCUUUUGUUACUCCGAUCUUAUGAAAAAUAUUACCAUAUAUAAAACUUGAGUUUGACAGUCAUGAAAAUACUGAUUUUUAUUAAAAAUUUCUUGAAGCACACCAUUAGCAAUAAAGUGUUGGCUUUGGAACAGUAAAACUUGUAUAUAAAGGGUUAUCCAAUGAACAAGUUGUUGUAAGGGUUCCUUUUAAAAUCUUCCAUAGGAACAUAACACAGAAGCCAUGUUUGUUGUCCCUGUGUGCAUGUCUUAAUUGUUGUGGCUAAAGACUGGUAAAUGUUAGUUGUUUAGACAGAAGAAUAGCCUCCAAUUAUGUGACCUUCCAGAUGUAAGAAACAAAUCUAUAUGCUUUCUUACUGAUGUUUUACAUACCUAUAAAUAAUGAGCAGAAAAAGAUCAGCAACUACUUGAAUAGUUGAAAAAGUAUGUGAACUUUGAUUCCAUGCUCCUGUCCUGUUGUUGCUUUGUCCUACAUUUAGUGGGAUAAGCCUCAUUUGUGAUAAGGGAUGUAGAAGCAUGCUGCUUUGUUCACUUCACAAUAGAUACCGAAAGACUGAUGAAGUGCACUAUUCUAACUUUAAGACUGUUGAAGCUUUCUACUUACUACCUGUAGCACACAGCAUCAGGCCAACAUGCUUGUGCUAUCCCUAUGUAAGAGAUUAUGGGCAUGUUCUAAAUGAGCAGCUAUUCCCAAAUAGUUGACUACUCGAAAUAAGUCUCAGAAGCCCAUUUCUCUUUGAGUUCGGUGGAAUAAUGUACCUAUAAAUGAAAGUUGGGAAUAUCUGCUAUAUGUGUUGCAUCUUUCCUAACAAAAAUGGUCCUCACUUUUGAAGUUUAAUCUCUACUGCUCUUUCAGAAGAAAGACAAAGUGUCCAAAAAGUGUGGUUUUUUUAUUAAACCUUGUAUUACAAACCUGAAAAGUAAACAAAACUGGCAAUAAACAUGAAGUCUUUCCUUACAAGGAAAGAGAGCAGAGCAGCGCUAAUAAAUUAAAUGUCAAACUGUAAGCCAUAGUCAGAAGUUUACUGUCAAGAAGGAAAAAGUACACAGCAAGGCCAUAAAAACCGGACAACCACAUUGGAAAA